AUGGUCGCCAAUCUCCAACGCGUAAUAGGAACUCUGUUUUCAAUCUCUUUGUGUUUUAUUGCCACUGUAGUGGUCGCGCAGUAUGACAACUACAACUUUAGAAAUUUCCCACAAGAGGAGCUCAUGCCAAUCGAGUCUGCGUAUGGACAAGCCUUGGACAGUUAUGCCGCAGAAAAUUGGACGGACUGUAUCAAAUUCAUUGAAUUAAGUUUACGCCUGCAUCGGCUUCUGAAAGACAGCGUGACAUACUGCAUACUAAACUGUAAUGACAGUCAUGUACAGUUACCGGAGCCUGUCAUGGCCAGCGGCACCGGGGAUAUGCAGAUCUUCUGGCGGGUGUUGAUGCGAGCAUCAUGCCUGAAAAAGUGCAGGACGCACUUCCCCGCGCUCUCGCUCCCUUACCCCAGAAAAGCGGUUAUGGAUGAUUUCGAGAAUAGGUCGCCCUACCGUUACAUUUACUUUGCUCAUGUCCAGGUAAGUCACAUUUUGGGCUCAGAAAUACAGCUUGACCCCUCACUGGCCAAUCAGAAUGUGCCCCAUGGCAGAAAAUGUGUUCGCUUGUAUAUAUGGUAUUUUAUGUAUUGCAUUGUCACCAACUCCUACUAGUCCAUUAUAGCCUCAUUUGUUAAAUAGUGUACAGAAACAACAUAAAAAUGUAGGCCUAUCCCAUAUUUGCUGAAUAUGUUUUUGAACAGGAAUUGCAUGGCUUUAAUAUGGAAAUAUAUUGUUAACAUAGCAUUCAUACUGAUCAAGGCCUACUGUAAAAUGAAUUGUGUCUGAGCCAAGGAAAUGCCAAAAGUUGUUAAUAAGCAAGAUAAAAUUCACUAUUGAUAACACAGUGAAUAACUCUAAUACAUUCUAAUAAAACGAAACAACUCGUUUUAAAUAGGCUAUUUCUACAUACAGUUACAGGCACCAUAAUUACUCCCCGUGGGCAUAUUAUAUUAGGCCUUAGACAACGUAGACUACUAUGGUUUUAAGCACAUCCAAACUUUUCACAGGAGCUGGAAAAAUAUCGAAUAUAAAGAGAAGGGGGGAAUGUCCACUCACAGUUACUCCUCCCAAAUAUACAGUAUAUAGCUAUUUUCCUCUUCGAUGAGGUUUAACCGCGGUUGGCAUCCAGUAUAUAGCUAUAGCCUACCAUCAGUGUUGAUAUGGUCAGUAGUGACUUUGCCACAUGAAAGGUAAACAAACAAACAUAGGCUACAAGUGGAUAUAGCACCACAGACAGCAAUCGGAAUUCCCGCAAUUUGACAGUUAGGUCCAACAGAGGAAAGUGGAAGAUGCAUUUGUUGACAAAAUAAAUGCCAUAACAAAUUGAUUUACCGCUAAGACCAGUUUUUGGUCGGUCUUAAAUAUCCCUUGUUGGCUGACUGAAAUUCGCAUAUUGGCCCACGUUUUUAACUUCACACCUAAAAUAUUUCCACCCCCACCUCAGCGCAAGCGAGCUGAUGCUAGGCAGGUAAAAUUGCCGAACCUGGCAUAAAGGGUGGAAAAUGCCAAUGGGCCAGUUUUUACAUUUACAUUUUAGUCAUUUAGCAGACGCUCGUAUCCAGAGCGACUUACAGUUAGUGAGUGCAUACAUUUUCAUACUGCCCCCCCGUGGGAAACGAACCCACAACCCUGGCGUUGCAAGCGCCAUGCUCUACCAACUGAGCUACAGGGGACUUUACAUGGCGAAAUUGAAAACUAACGUGCGUUUGACACUUGCGCCUGUUUACCGCAAGCAUAAAAUAGGGCCCGUUGUGUUAACCACCAGUAAUCGCAGGAAAGAUAUCUGAAUACGAAUAAAUAAGGAAUAUUAUCCGUUUGCCCUCAAAGUUGUGAUAUUUCAGAGAUAAACCAUCCCUGGUGCCAUAUCAAAAGUCUAAAGCAGUGGUCGCCAACUGGGCCUUCGAGGCAUUCUUAGUCAAUCACCAAACAUUUCUGUAGAAAAGCCAACGAUAAAGGCAUAAAUGCUUGCGCUCCCUUUUUUGUGUUGUGCUGUUGACGGUAGGUGCACUUGAUUCAGAAGCCUUGCGCACCGGGUAAGCAAAGCGUUUCCAUUUUGUAUCUUCAGACAAAUGAAAUGGUUCAAACUCCGCCUACCCGGAGACCACGAGAUAUGUUGCUAAAUCCAGUGCGCCUACUGUGCUGGCGAAUCGGAUAGCUCAAAUCACGGUGCGCUAUUUACAGCUUCCACGGCCCCAGCAAAGUUUGAUAGCCUACUAGCCUACAUGAGAUUUCAUAACUUUUAAAACCCUGACCAGAGAUCUGUCAAAGAAAACAGCAAAGAGCUGCUGGUUUUAUGAGUGAGUUCAUGGCCAAGUUUUAUUCAGCACUGUCAACUCUUUUUAUUCAACACUAUUACAAGACAUGAAACGCGCUUCUCUCUACUUCCACUCUCGCUGCAGCUGCAUUGAAUGAGUAGCCAUGUGUAUCAAUAGCCCUGUGUUUGGAUUAUUAUUAGCAGCUUGUCAUGUCUAUUUUAUAUCGAGGUGUAUUUAACUUUCUCUGGUCAUAGCAACAACAUUAAUUUGUGCCCGGGGCAUAUGCGGUGCGACCCGAGUUUCCCUCUCUCUGGUCAGUCUCACCGGAGAAAAGGAAGGAGAGAGCAGGGACCGUGAGAGGCAGACCCUCUGAUGCUCUCUCCCUCUCUCAGCUGAGACUAAUGACAUGUUCAAAACAACUGGGAACUUGGCAAUCUCAGACUUCGACUUCCAAGCGUUCAACACAACUGGGAACUUGGGGAAAAAAACGAGAUCCGACUGGGGAAAAUCGUUUUGAACAGUCAUCCAACUCGGAAACUCUACUGCACAAACCUCAUUCCUACAGAACUGUUUUUAUUAGGUUAAUGUAAAUUUUUUAAGUCAUGUUUAAAAACAAAUCUGAGCGGUAGAUCUCGGCUUGCUUUUUGACUGCAAAAGUGAUCUCGACUCAGAAAAGGUUGUUGACCACUGGUCUAAAGCAAACCCAUCACAGAUCUUGAAAGUACUAGACAGCUCAAAGUAGCCCAAAGUCCUGCCACACAUCACAUCAGUUCCAAUCAUGGAAAAGAUACAAAGAGAGGAAACCGCUUUGGACAAUUGAGAUUCCCCUGUCUACAUGCAGUAUCUGUCCCUCUGCUGUUGGAAUACUCUUAAAAAUGUAUUUUUCCUCCCUCCCUUGAAGUAAUCAUUGAUCUGACAUGACUGGAUUGAUGUUAGCAAGCUUUCUAAUCUACAGCAUUGCUAUCACCAAUUGUCUUAUGUCAGAUCAGUGAUAACUUGAAGGAAGGAUGCAUUUUAAGAGUAUUCCAACAGGGCCUUACCACCUGCCUCACUGCUUAGCCUGUGUUGUGUUUCUCCCAGAUGGAUGACCUGCAGAAAACACUGGCGUCGGCCCACACCUAUCUACAGAGAAACCCAGAGGACCCUGUCAUGACACAGCACAUGAACCAACACAAAAUAGAGUUUGACUUGGAGGGCCAUCUCAUUGACCACGAGGAACGUCCCUAUGAGGUGAGCAUAAAGGAUAGGUGGAAAACGUUCUACAAAAAUUCACUACAAUCUGACUCAUACCUAAUAUCAAUCCACAAUACCCUGUCACCACAGGUUAACUAAUAUUCACAGUACUCUGUCAUCGGGGGUUGGUAUCAAUUCAUGUAAUUCCAAAUUUCAGUUUACUUCCUGAAUUAACUAAAAUGAAAUGAAACUGACCCCCAACCCUGACAUCCACACUACCCUGUCACCCCCAGGUUAGCUUCCUGAAAGCGGUCACCUUGUUCAACUCGGGAGACUUCAGCAGCAGUAUCAGUCACAUGGAGCAGACCCUCAGCCAGUACCUCCAGCACUACAGCCUGUGUCAGGCCAUGUGCCAGGGGGCCUGCGACGCCGACCUCCCCCAAACUAAAGACCUGUACCCUACACUGGCAGGUAGGCUACUUCUGCCUCACUAAGACCCAAAUACACUGAAGGCAGACCCAGGUAAAACCAGGGUUCCUUAGAAGAAGAAUGUGCAAUAUUCAUGUUUGAUUUGUAAAAAAAUUGUGAGGCUGAGUGUUCUACAGUGAGGGAAAAAGUAUUUUUUUGUACGUUUGCCCACUGACAAAGAAAUGAUCAGUCCAUAAUUUUAAUGGUAGGUUUAUUUGAACAGUGAGAGACAGAAUAACAACAAAAAAAUCCAGAAAAACGCAUGUAAAAAAUGUUAUAAAUUGAUUUGCAUUUUAAUGAGGGAAAUAAGUAUUUGACCCCCUCUCAAUCAGAAAGAUUUCUAGCUCCCAGGUGUCUUUUAUACAGGUAACAAGCUGAGAUUAGGAGCACACUCUUAAAGGGAGUGCUCCUAAUCUCAGUUUGUUACCUGUAUAAAAGACACCUGUCCACAGAAGCAAUCAAUCAAUCAGAUUCCAAACUCUCCAUCAUGGCCAAGACCAAAGAGCUCUCCAAGGAUGUCAGGGACAAGAUUGUAGACCUACACAAGGCUGGAAUGGGCUACAAGACCAUCGCCAAGCAGCUUGGUGAGAAGGUGACAACAGUUGGUGCGAUUAUUCGCAAAUGGAAGAAACACAAAAUAACUGUCAAUCUCCCUCGGCCUGGGGCUCCAUUCAAGAUCUCACCUCGUGGAGUUGCAAUGAUCAUGAGGAAUCAGCCCAGAACUACACGGGAGGAUCUUGUCAAUGAUCUCAAGGCAGCUGGGACCAUAGUCACCAAGAAAACAAUUGGUAACACACUAUGCCGUGAAGGACUGAAAUCCUGCAGCGCCCACAAGGUCCCCCUGCUCAAGAAAGCACAUAUACAGGCCCUUCUGAAGUUUGCCAAUAAACAUCUGAAUGAUUCAGAGGAGAACUGGGUGAAAGUGUUGUGGUCAGAUGAGACCAAAAUAGAGCUCUUUGGCAUCAACUCAACUCGCCGUGUUUGGAGGAGGAGGAAUGCUGCCUAUGACCCCAACAACACCAUCCCCACCGUCAAACAUGGAGGUGGAAACAUGUGUUUUUCUGCUAAGGGGACAGGACAACUUCACCGCAUCAAAGGGACGAUGGACGGGGCCAUGUACCGUCAAAUCUUGGGUGAGAACCUCCUUCCCUCAGCCAGGGCAUUGAAAAUGGGUCGUGGGUGGGUAUUCCAGCAUGACAAUGACCCAAAACACACGGCAAAGGCAACAAAGGAGUGGCUCAAGAAGAAGCACAUUAAGGUCCUGGAGUGGCCUAGCCAGUCUCCAGACCUUAAUCCCAUAGAAAAUCUGUGGAGGGAGCUGAAGGUUCGAGUUGCCAAACGUCAGGCUCGAAACCUUAAUGACUUGGAGAAGAUCUGCAAAGAGGAGUGGAACAAAAUCCCUCCUGAGAUGUGUGCAAACCUGGUGGCCAACUACAAGAAACGUCUGACCUCUGUGAUUGCCAACAAGGGUUUUGCAACCAAGUAUUAAGUCAUGUUUUGCAGAGGGGUCAAAUACUUAUUUCCCUCAUUAAAAUGCAAAUCAAUUUAUAACAUUUUUGACAUGCAUUUUUCUGGAUUUUGUUGUUGUUAUUCUGUCUCUCACUGUUCAAAUAAACAUACCAUUAAAAUUAUAGACUGAUUAUGUCUUUGUCAGUGGGCAAACGUACAAAAUCAGCAGGGGAUCAAAUACUUUUGUCCCUCACUGUAUUUCCAAAACAAAGUCUGGGCCAAACAAAGUUCCAAUCUUAGAAUCUGGAAAUGGAAGAAAAGCUAUUUUAAAAGGGGCAAUCUGCAAUUGCUACAUUGAUUUUUAGACUUUUAAAUUAAUGAUAUAUACCUAUUGAUUCUUGAAGAAUAUAUCUUCUAAAUGUCUCAUGAGGUUAUUGUCGUACCACAUCAUAAUCCAACAUAUAAGCCUGUAAUGCUCCAUUGUUUGUAUACAAACACUGUAUAGCCUCAAAACAUGGUUAAAACUAUACUUUUUAUAUCAUGGAUGGUCAGUCCUUGCAUCCAUAGCUCUGUCUAUGAAUGUGAGAGUGGUUUUAAAUUAAGGUGCCAGAGAUGGUGGUCCCUCAGGGAGGCCAGGGUCAGUCACAGUCAAAGGUUGCUUAUAUUUGGCACUCAGGGCUGGCUAAACAGACCCAGAUUAUAUAAACCCAGGAGUAGGCUCAAUUCUGGUUGAAUUAGUUAUGUACCAUGAUUUUGAAUGACUAUUAGGACUAAAUCGAACUAAUUUUGCCACUUUCUUUCACAGAUGCCUAUGUUGAUGCACUGAGAUGCGAGGUGAAGUGUGAGGAAAAGCUAAUGCCAAAUGUUGGUGGCUACUUUGUGGAGAAAUUCGUGGCCACUAUGUACCACUACCUGCAAUUUGCUUAUUAUAAGUGUAAGUACCAACCAUAGUCACAUAAUGUAUAUAUUAUCCACUAUCUUACUUUGAUUAACAAUAAUGUCAAUCCUAUGUAUCAGGACUAAACGAAGGGAGUCCAAAUAUGGCUAAAUAAAGGACAAGUUGUUCUUCUCCUCUCAAUACAGUAAAUGAUGCCCGCAGUGCGGCCCCCUGUGCGUCCAGCUACGUGCUCUUUGACCCUGAGGACAAGGUCAUGAGGCAGAACAUGUUAUACUACCAGUCUUACAGAGAGCAGUGGGGCCUGGAUGACCACAGCUUCACACCCAGAGUGGUGAGAGAAUGGCUCUAUUCAUCUUUUCGAUAUUCCUCACAUCCUCUCAACUCACCGCUUUCUUUAAAGUCUGAAGGGAGGGACGAAGGACCUACUCCAAUAUGGCUGAAUGGGAGGCGAGGAGAUAGAUUGCGAGGAAUCACAGAAAGACCAAUUGAAAUAGAUAGCCAAUGCAUCCUUCCUGCUAGCCUUCAUUGAGGUAGUUACUGAUCCGUAUAUAUUUGGAUAAGUGAAAGCAAGGUGCUUUCUAUUAAACUGCUUUCACUAAUCCAGCCUUCUCAACUAUGGGAUUUGGUAGGAUUUUGCGCUUGUUUUGUUACAACCUGUAGCGCUCCUAGGCUUCCCCAAAACCAAACGUGGGAAUAAAUGAGUGCACACUUUGGGGAGAAAUGGAAUUGGACUAGUAACUUCAGAGACAGGAAGGAAAUACAUAGGCAGCUAGGGAUUUAUUUGGAAUUAGGCCUUCCGCUUCUGUCUCCGACCUAGCACAGCCCUGUAAUGGGAAUCCCAGACUUGGACAAUCCCCUGCUCUGUCCGAAAUCACCAUGGUGAACUAGGAAUGCAAAUGCUUAGCGCAGGCCUCCACUCUGUACAUAAGAUCAUAAACACUGUUUGCCUCGACUGAGGCAUUAUGUGGAAAAUACCAAAUCACAAAGAUGUGAAGUAAUUCAGUCUGUAGAUACUUCAAAUUCGUAAUUGUUAUGCUUGAGUUUUUUUUUAGGGCAGUGAUUCAUUGAAAAAUGCAAGAAAUUGAGGCUAACAAGCUUUAUGGAAAGGUAAAACUCGGCUUGCAGAUUGUGUCCAAAGUGAACAUGAAAGAAUGAUUUGGCUCCAUUUCAACAGGAAGCAUUGAGGUACUACAACCAUACCACCUUGCUGAAACAGAUGCUGGCAUUUGCAGAGAACUACUUGCAGUCUGAUGAUGAGGUAGGAUAAUGCAGUUUAAGGUAAUUAAAGGGGAACUUCAAUGGGAAAUCAAUUUCAUAUUGUGCCUAUAACGCUAUAACAUAAUAAGAUGAUCUCUUCUUUAAAUGUCUUGCACUGAGUCGUAGGGUUGCAGGCACAACAGGGCAUUUGAAUUCCCCUUUAAAAAGGUUGUAUAUAACCUUACGAUUGAUAACACAAACAGACACAUACCUUAACUCACAGUAUCGGUUGUGUGUGGACCUUGUUUUACAGGACUUUUUGGGUCUAGAGGAAGUUGCCAUGGAGGACUCCCCUGAUGUUGAGUUUGAAGGGCUUGGAGACUAUCAGGAGUCAAUCCUGGCUAGAUGGUCACAGCCCAAAGCUAAAGGGGACGUUGGUGACUCCUAA